AUGUAUAAUAAGUUACAUAAGGAAUUCAAUUUGUUCAAGUGGAAUAAUCCAAAUUAUAAGAGUGAUUUGGAUAUUCAAGAAUAUCCUCUAAUUAUAGUAGAAAGAAUAGAAUCACGUGAUAAAAAUUUGAAUAAUAUUGAUUCUAUUUUUUUAAAUUAUAAUAUAUCAAGUUUUAAAAUAAUUGAGGGAAAUUAUCAUUGCGUUAAUAAUGAUAAUAAAAUCUUAUUUAGAUUGUUUGAAGAUGAAGUUCAAGGGAAUGAGGAUGAUCUAGAGGAUCUAGAUAAAAAAUUGCCUUGGCCAGUUCCAUUUCCAGAUAAUGAAGAAUAUCAGAAAGCAGAAGACAAACGUGCUAAAAAGAUUUUAGAUGCAAUAGAUAAUAAUAGGUUUCUUAUAAGAGUAAAAUUUGUUAGAAAUGAUUAUUACAAUGAUGGAAGACAUAACUAUGCAUUUAAAAUCAUUGAUAAAUAUCAGCCUAUUCGAGAAUCAAAGUGGGCUAGAAUUGACAAGAAAUUUUUAGUUAGGAUUAUUCAAGGUGAAAAAUUAUCAGAAUAUAUUGAACUUAAUGCAAAUGCAAUUGUAUAUAGGUUGUAUCAAAUUCAGGAGCCAGAUAAAGAUGUAACAGAAUUGGAAAAAAUACUUAAGAGGCUAAUCAAAUUGCUUGAUAUUACUCAAGGAAACAUUUUUAAUAAUAGAGAUGAUAGUUCACAAUAG